CAUUCUGCAAACUGCAAAGCACAGAAGGAGUAGAAGCAAACCAAAAGGGGUGGAAUGAAAAUUGGAACCGGGCUCUGGAUGAUGAACGAUUCACAGGCCAGAGACCAAUAACUUUCUUCUUCUUCUGGUUGUGGCGCUUCUUCCAUUCACAGUAACUCCAAUUCCAUAGAAAGAUGGGUACCGGGGAUUCGGAUUCGGAAUCGAAUGGAUGGAACCGUGCUCGUGGGUUGGCGCUUAAGACUCUGCUACUAAUUGGUGGCGCACUUCUCGUUAAGCGCCUCCGCAAGUCCACCACGCGUUGGGACCACGCUCAUUUCGUCUCCAACUCCCUCACCGGCGAAAAGUAUUCCAAGGAGCAAGCUUCCAGAGACCCGGAUAACUAUUUCAACAUUAGAAUGCUUACAUGCCCCGCAGCGGAGCUAGUGGAUGGUUCCAAGGUCUUGUAUUUUGAACAGGCUUUUUGGAGGACUCCACAAAAACCCUUUCGGCAGAGGCUUUUUAUGGUGAAACCUUGUCCUAAAGAGUUGAAAUGUGAUGUUGAGUUAAGUACAUAUGCCAUUAGAGACAUGGAGGAGUACAAAAAUUUCUGUGAUCGACCAAGGGAUCAGCGUCCACAGCCGGAAGAAGUAAUUGGAGAUAUUGCUGAACAUUUGACAACAGUACAUCUUAAGCGUUGUCCACGUGGAAAACGUUGCUUAUAUGAAGGUUCAACCCCACCUGGUGGAUUUCCUAAUUCAUGGCAGAAUGGGGCAACCUACUGUACUUCAGAGCUUGCAAUUUUAAAGAACAAUGAGAUACAUACCUGGGACAGGGGUUAUGAUGAUGGUGGAAAUCAAGUUUGGGGGCAAAAAGAAGGCCCUUACGAGUUCAAGCCUGCACCAACCUCCAGUUUUAAUGAUAUGUUUUCUCCUUUGAAUUUCCCCCCUCCACCAUCCAUGGAGAGAAGAAUAGAGGGUUCAUUUGUUUUGCAAGAAUGAAAGCGUUUCAUAUAACCACAAUGUUUGGAGCGUAGGGCCUAAACCUUCGUUUUGGAGCACCACAAACUGCAAAACACCACUUUAAGGCAAUGAUAAUGCAGUACACCUACUUAGUUCAGUGACCCUUAUUUCUUCUAUUUUUUUCAACUAUUAACAACAGUAUGAUAAUUUAUAUCACUUGUAAAGCAUGAGAGCAAGUUUUCUUUUGGAUUGAAUUUCCUUUAGUUUCUCUAUUAGUAACACUGGAGGUGAAGUAAAAAAAGUAAUCAAUUACCAGGACAGAAGAAUUUAUCAGGCAAUUUCUCAAAGGGGGUCCUGUCGUUGUAAAUAUACCUGCAUCAUUAUCAACACAAGCAUAAGAUUGUUGUGUGUAAAGAACAAGUCCAUAGACUUCAUACAUGAAUCAUCUGAUGAUAAAGGGUGAGAGAAAAGAUGAAAGGAAACCCGCAAUCACGACAGAUAUAGGCUUGCUUGGAGGCCACACGCAUGGAAAUCCUGGGAGCUCCAGAAGUAAGAUACUGUUGCAUUGGAUGAAGUAAGAGGUUAAGGGAACCAGAGAAGAAAGAUGACUUUAAAGCCAAAGGGUUGAGGUGUGGUCGCAGGCCAGCAUUGGCAGCUGGAGCUAAUGAAGAUGGGGACCUUGCAGUGUUAAGACUGAUUGUGGGUGCUUGCAUAUGCAUGGCCAUUUUCCCUUUGCUAUUCCUAAUGUAUCUCAGUUGGCAGAUACUGAGUUAAGGAAGUGAGAAUAAAAAGAGACAAUUGAUGAUAAGAAAAAGGUUGUGAAACUGGUGAUUCUGUGAACGUGGAAUCGGCUUGUGUCUGAUUCCUACGUGGAAAGCGUGGCAUUCAUACUCCCCACACAAGCCCUUUCCACUCUUGGUUUCAUUUUUUUUUUUUUUUUAUCUUAUUAGGACAAGAAAGUGAAAAUGUAUUAUGCACCAAGUAUUAAUGCAUUUCUGCUAUAGCCCCACACUUUAGAAUACGUAACUUUUAGGUCCUUUGCCUUUUGAUAUUCAAAGCAACAUUUCUCAAUUAUUUUCUUGUCCC